AUGUGGUGGAACAAGAAGGAAAAGAAGGAAGUAGUCUUGGUGGUGGGUAAUGAGAACCCACUCAAAGAGCUGGACAAAAAGUGCAAAGAAUACAAAAUCUUAUUUGAUCAAUGGGUUGUUAAACAAUCUUUACCAGGGGAGGCUUCUAUAGCAACCGUCGCUGGUGCCGUCCGUGGUGCAGCCCUAGGCGCCUGCCUGACAAGCCUUGUUGAUCAUGUCUUGCCGACUUUCAAUCUUCCUCCACGUCCAGCCACAUUGCAGAGUAACAUACCAGGGUGUCCUCCCUCUUUGGUACCGUACAAACCUAUCAUCUCUGGAGGCACUUUGGCACAAGCUCGGAAUUUUGCUGUUUUGACGAGUGUAAAUGCAGGGCUUUCGUGUGGCUUGAGAAGACUAAGAGGAAAGAAGGAUUUCGAGACAUGGUAA